AUGUGGAGCAAACUGUUUGGGUGUUCUGUCAAGCAGACGGCACGAUUUGUGAAUCGAGCGAAUUCUCCCUUGCUGAGAAAGGCGUUGACUCGAGUUCAAUCUACCGGUACAAACCAGGCUUCCUGGAAUGUCGGUGGCAUUUUGGGAGCGGGUGCACUUGGUUUGACUUGCUGCUAUCUCACUUCGAGAGCUUUUGCUCAGAGUAAGGAUAAUGAGCAUCCGGAGUGGAAGACAACGAAAGGGAGAUACAUCUACAAGGGAGAUACGCAGCAGUACCACAAUAAGGAGCUUCUGAUCUUCUCGGGAAGCGGAAACCGCGAGCUCGCGAAGUCGAUCUGCAGUUAUCUCGGUGUCAAUCUUCAGGACGCCGUAGUGGACCGCUUCAACGACGGCGAGAUCGAGAUCCGUUUGAACCGCAACGUGCGUGGCAAGAAGAUCUUCAUCGUGCAAUCGACGUGUCCUCCCGUGAACGACAACCUGAUGGAGCUCCUCCUGUUCAUCAGUGCCGCCCGCCGCGCGUCGGCGAGCAGCAUCUGCGCGGUGAUUCCGUACUACGGCUACGGCCGCAUCACCGAAAUCGGCACGAUGCACAACUGCCUGACGGGAGCGGACGUCGCCGAGAUGCUGCAGACGGCGGGCGUGAACAGCGUGAUCUCGGUGGACCUGUACAAGGAGCAGCUGCAAGGCUUCUUCCCGCCGACGAUUUCGGUGGACAGCAUUCCGGUAAUGCAUCUGCUCGGCGCGUAUCUGAUGGAGACGGAGACGCUGGACACGCCGAUCGUGGUGGCGGCGAACGCUCACAACGUGUACCGCGCGAAGGCGCUGCGGGAGUCGCUGGAGACGCUGCGAUGCCCGAACACGUACAUGGGAAUGGCGAUCGAAGUGGACCAUUCGCGCGUGCUGAACGUGGACAAGAACAACUCGAACGUGAUCGACAGCACGGAGCGCGAGGCGGACUCGGCGGCGCUGUCGACGGUGUACGCGACGAUCGAGAACAGCCACGAAGUGGUGGGCGAUGUGGCGGGGAAGGAGGCGAUCAUCGUGGAUAACUACAGUCUGACCGGCGAUACGCUGUGCCGUGUCGCGAAGGUGCUGAAGGAGCAGGGCGCGCGGAAGAUCAGCGUGGUGCUGUCGCACGGACUGUUCGACGAGAAGGCCGUGGAGCAGCUGGACAAGGCGCCGAUCGAGCGGAUCAUCUCCACGAACACGGUGCCCGCGUGCGAGGCCGAGAAGAAUCCCAAGUUCGAGCGGCUGAAUAUCGCGCCGCUGCUCGCGGAGAUCAUCCAUGCGGUGUAUCUGAACCAGAGCGUGUCGCCGCUGUACACGCUGAAGACGAAGAAGGACGCGGAGAAGAUUUUGGGAAACGAAGUGAAGGUGAAGGAGUCUGCGGAGAAGCCCGUGGAGAAGCCCGUGGAGAAGCCCGUGGAGAAGCCCGUGGAGAAGCCCGUGGAGAAGCCCGUGGAGAAGCCUGUGGAGGAGGUGAAGAAGGACUGA